CUCCUCCCACCUGCACAUAAAAGCCAAAUGCAUGCUACCAGCAGCAGAUCAGAGCAGUUUCUCAGUUCUCCACUGUUUUGAGCCAGUGAUCUUCUCUCCUUGGAUCUUGUGUACUCAAGAAAAGAAAAUGCAGAUUGUCAGAAUCCUUCAAAUUUGAUACUCAGCACUUUUAUGAUCUCUUCAUUACUGGAUGUGGAGUCUGGAUAUCAGAAUUGAUAUCGUGAAGGUCUCCUCUAUUAAACUGAGGACCAACCUAAAAUUGACAGAUUAACACUGGGCCUAACACAAUCAGGAAAUCUGUGUCUCUUAGUGUGAAAAGCAACCAACCUGUCCAUCUUCUGCCCUGUCCCAAAACCUCUAUGUGAUGGUCAUGCUGCUCUUCCCCAUGCAGCUGCUGGCAGUGGCUGUCACUGUUUACCUAGAGCUGGUGAGGUCUGCUCAAGGUGGUGCCUACUAUGGGCUCAAGCAGCUGCCACCUCAGGUGCCCCAGUACCAACCCCUCGGACAACAAGUACCUCACAUGCCACUGGGCAAAGAAGGCAUCCCAAUGCAGCACCUGGGCAAGGAGGUGCCCCGCAUGCCCUACGGGAAGGAGUACCCCCAUCUGCCCCAGUACAGGAAGGAGGUCCCGCAGAUGCCCAUGCUCGGCAAGGAUAUGGCUCCCAAGAAAGAGAAAGAAAUUCCCAUGCGCAGUCUGAGGGGUGAGCAAGGUCCCCCGGGUGAGCCUGGACCAAGAGGGCCACCAGGGCCACCAGGAUUACCAGGUCAUGGUGUACCAGGAGCCAAAGGAAAACCAGGCCCUCAAGGAUACCCAGGAAUUGGAAAGCCGGGUUUGCCAGGGAUGCCAGGAAAACCAGGGGUCAUGGGGCCCCCAGGGCCAAGAGGGGAGAUGGGGCCGAAGGGGGAGAUUGGGCCCAUAGGGAUACCUGGACCACAAGGACCACCAGGGCCUCAUGGGCUUCCUGGGAUAGGGAAGGCAGGUGCUCCGGGACUGCAGGGGCAACCAGGGCCAAAGGGUGAGCCUGGGAUGAAGGGGCCACCAGGAAUCCCUGGGAUCCCAGGGCCAAAAGGGGAGAAGGGGAUCGGGAUCCCAGGUUUGCCAGGUCUGAAGGGUCCACCUGGGCUGCCUGGUCCCCCCGGUCCCGUGGGACUGCCAGGGGUUGGCAAACCCGGCAUGGUUGGCUUCCCUGGCCCACAGGGACCCCUGGGCAAACCCGGACCCCCAGGAGAGUUGGGUCUGCAGGGGCCUCCAGGGGCCCCUGGGAUCCAAGGCCCUCCUGGCCCACCUGGUAUUGGCAAACCAGGCCAGGACGGCAUGCCUGGCCAGCCUGGCUUCCCGGGUGGCAAAGGGGAGCAGGGAUUGCCAGGCCUGCCCGGCCCCCCUGGCCUCCCUGGGGUUGGGAAGCCGGGUUUCCCCGGGCCCAAAGGGGAGCGAGGUGUGGGUGGUCUGCCUGGGCCCCUGGGGCCGAAGGGGGAGAAGGGGCACGCGGGGCCACCUGGCAUGGGAGGGCCACCAGGGGAGCCCGGCCAGCCAGGACUGCCUGGCAUCAUGGGUCCCCCGGGGGCUGCCGGUUUCCCAGGACCUAAAGGGGAGGGGGGUGCCGUAGGGGCACCAGGACCAGUCGGCCCCAAAGGGGAACCCGGCCUGCAGGGUUUUCCAGGAAAGCCAGGCUUUCCUGGGGAAGUGGGUGGCCCUGGGCUGCGGGGGCUGCCGGGUCCCACAGGACCCAAGGGGGAAGCCGGACACAAGGGCUUGCCGGGGCUGCCGGGAGUCCCGGGUCUUGUGGGGCCAAAGGGUGAGCCCGGGCUCCCCGGUGCCCAGGGGCUUCAAGGCCCCUCGGGCAUCCCGGGCAUCGCGGGACCCAGUGGUCCCAUCGGCCCCCCCGGGCUGCCAGGGGCGAAGGGGGAGCCAGGCAUGCCCGGCCCCCCUGGCUUCCCUGGGGUAGGCAAACCUGGUGCUGCGGGGCUGCAGGGACCCCCGGGAAAGCCUGGGGCGCUCGGUCCUCCUGGCCAGCCUGGGCUCCAAGGGCCACCGGGCCCCCCCGGGCCACCAGGUCCCCCGGUCAUCAUCCCGCCCACGCCACCAGCCGUGGGACAGUACCUACCUGAGGCGGGGCCAGGAAUAGACGGCUUGAAGCCCCCCUACGGCUAUAAGAGCAAGAAAGGCAAGGCUGGCGGUAUUGUCUACGAGAUGCCCGCAUUCACGGCAGAGCUCCUCACGCCCUUCCCCCGCGUCGGGGUACCCGUGAAGUUCGACAAGCUCCUGUACAACGGCCGGCAGAACUACAACCCCCAGACGGGGAUCUUCACCUGCGAGAUCCCCGGCGUCUACUACUUCGCCUACCACCUCCACUGUAAAGGCGCCAACGUGUGGGUGGCGCUGUACAAGAACAACGAGCCGCUCAUGUACACCUACGACGAGUACAAGAAGGGCUUCCUGGACCAGGCUUCGGGUAGUGCCGUGGUGCAGCUGAUGCACGGAGACAAGGUUUACGUUCAGAUGCCAUCCGAGCAGGCGGCAGGACUCUAUGCCGGGCAGUACGUUCAUUCGUCAUUUUCAGGGUAUUUAUUGUAUCCCAUGUAAAACAAAACAGACACACAUACACAACAGACACACAAAAUAAAAACCUUUCUCCUGUGCUUCUAACUUUUAUACAACAAAAGAUGCAUUUUAUGACCAUUUUGGACCAUCUUGUACAAAACCAAAAAUAAUAAAUACAAAGUUUAACAUUA